GCUUCCGCUUCCUCCUUUCAAUGCCUACUUAAACACUCCAUCGCACCCUCAAACGUCUCCUUCUUUCUUCCAUCAUACAACUCCAUCAACGCUCUCCACGAUAACUUCUUUUGAUUCUCCAGAAAUCAUCUACAAUAUCAUCUACUUCAUCAAAAGAUUAACACUACAAGAACAUCAUCAUGCAGAUCUUCGUCAAGACUCUCACUGGAAAGACCAUCACCCUCGAGGUUGAAUCUUCCGAUACCAUCGACAACGUCAAGGCCAAGAUCCAAGACAAGGAGGGAAUCCCACCCGACCAACAGCGUUUGAUUUUCGCCGGAAAGCAACUUGAGGAUGGUCGCACCUUGAGUGAUUACAACAUCCAAAAGGAGUCUACUCUCCAUCUCGUUCUCCGUCUUCGUGGUGGUAUGCAAAUCUUCGUCAAGACUCUUACUGGUAAGACUAUCACCCUCGAGGUUGAGUCUUCCGAUACCAUCGACAACGUCAAGGCCAAGAUCCAAGACAAGGAGGGAAUCCCACCCGACCAACAGCGUUUGAUUUUCGCUGGUAAACAACUUGAGGAUGGUCGUACCCUCUCCGAUUACAACAUUCAGAAGGAAUCUACUCUCCACUUAGUUCUCAGACUUCGUGGUGGUAUGCAAAUCUUCGUUAAGACUCUCACUGGAAAGACAAUCACUUUGGAGGUUGAGUCAUCGGACACUAUCGACAACGUGAAGGCUAAGAUUCAAGACAAGGAGGGUAUCCCACCCGAUCAACAACGUCUUAUCUUUGCUGGUAAGCAACUUGAGGAUGGCCGCACCCUCUCCGAUUACAACAUUCAAAAGGAAUCAACAUUACAUUUGGUCCUUCGUCUACGUGGUGGUAUGCAGAUUUUCGUCAAGACUUUGACUGGAAAGACCAUUACAUUAGAAGUAGAAUCAUCAGAUACUAUUGAUAACGUUAAGGCGAAGAUCCAAGAUAAGGAGGGUAUCCCACCCGACCAACAACGAUUGAUCUUUGCUGGAAAGCAGUUGGAGGACGGCAGAACCCUUUCGGAUUACAACAUUCAAAAGGAAUCGACAUUGCACUUGGUGCUCCGUCUUCGUGGUGGUCAAUAAAUGUUUUUGAUUCUAUCUGCACAUAUAUUCUUUAGGCGUUUUACGAUGACCUGAUCCAAUGGUGUUAUGGGGGCUGGGCAGCAGGUUCUCAUCAUAGUGCACUGGCAUGUGCCACAUUACUGAUAGAUAGUAUUCAAUAGUCAAAACUAUAUUUUUGACAUUUAACUCGGUGCUCUUAUGAAUGUGAUGUUGAAUAUGAUUUAGUA